CUUUUUUUUAGUUUCGUAAAAGUUAGUGAGAGGCUAACGUGUUUCGCGUCAAUUAUUUCAUUGUUUACUCAUUUAAUUAAUAAGAAAACAAUGUAAAGUGACAAAUAUACCGUGUUAUUGUUAAGUUUAUGUGUUUGUGUACAAAAUGAAAGUUAUUGAAGCUAAGAUUGUAGUUCUAGGAUCGCAAGGUGUCGGCAAGACCAGCCUUGUGGUCCGCUACAUAGGCAAGAUGUUCUCCAAGCACAUAUCUCCGACGAUAGGAGCUUCAUUCUUCACCUGCAAUAUCAACCUGGACAACGCUAGGGUUAAACUUCAGGUAUGGGACACAGCAGGACAGGAGCGGUUUCGCUCAAUGGCACCAAUGUAUUACCGCAACGCGAACGCUGCGCUUCUAGUCUUCGAUAUCACUAACUUUAACAGCUUUGUCGCUAUCAAAGGAUGGGUUAAGGAAUUGCAGAGUAACGUCCCAGAAGCGAUGGUGCUAUCAGUGGUGGGUAAUAAGAGUGACCUGGAAGAGCUUCGAGCCGUGCAGGCGAGCGAGGCGGCACAGUUCGCCGAGUCCAUCGGCGCCCACUACUGCGAGACCUCUGCGCUGCAUGACCAGCAAGGAAUAGACGAAGUAUUCCUGAACACGGCGGCUGCUCUGCUGAAGCUGUCCAGCUCCAACCUCGUCUCCUCGCUGCGGUCAUACGACUCCGCCGAUGUUGACAAUGAUAAAAUACCUACAGGUUCUCCCACAGAAGAAGACGCUACACAUACAGGCAAAGUGGAACUACCAGCUUGGAGUAUAGACAGCAUUGCACAUGGCGACGUCCAGAAAAACAUGUGCUGCUGACCGACGAGCUUCGAGGCCACUAGAUGGAUGGGUGGCAGGCACGAGGACUUAUGUGAAAAGUGUUAAAAGUGAUAGUGAAAAAGUUAAAAGUGAGAUUUCAUCAGUGUGUGUCAACAAAUGUAUCUCGUGGUGUACUCGCUGUAGCAAACAGUAACACAUUGCGCGAACAAAAAAAAGAAACACAUUUUCGCGUACCAAUUUUGGUGAAUUCUCAUCAAGUAUCUUUGCUUAUACAAAGUUACUAAGCACAGAGUUAUGAAAAAAAUAUAAUUGAGUAUACUCGGGGUAUCAAAUGGCUGUCUUGGGGCCAAUUUACACUAGAAUGAAAUGGAAUUAUAGGUUCAGUCAAUUUCGCGAAUUCCCUAUAAUUCUCACGCAUUCCACUGAUUCACUGAGAAAAGCUAAUUUUUGAAAAUGCGGGAGUUUAAAUAUUAAUAUCAAAAACCUAAACAAGUAAGCCAAUACUGUGAGAAAUGGCUGAUGAAUUAAACCUUUUAAAUAUAAAUCUUAUUUCACGAAAUAUAAAGAAGAAAAAGAUCUACUUAACCAUAGACUAGGCAUUCUGACAAUGUCUAAAAAUCUGUCAUAAUUUUUUUAUAUUUUAUAAGCAAAAGUAAAAAAUCACAAAAAUAUUAAUUUGUACUCGAAAACAUGUGAUGUAUCCACUAUAAUUAAUUUAAUACAAUUUUGUAUUGUAUUAAAAAGUAAAAUAAAAACAAAUACAAAAUGAAACUAAAUCUUAUAAGAUUCACAAUUAGGCGAAUAUACAUUCCCGUAACAGUGUUUACAAUGGAAGAUUAUUUUUGGAAUAAUUCCUAAAAGAAUAUCUGAUUCUUACAAUUGGGUAAUAUUUUUUAUUCUUAUUUUAUGUUAUUUAUUCAUCUAGCUGUGUCCCGCGGUUUCACUUGUGUCUUGAAGAAUUUGCUUGCUUGAACGCGCUAGUCUCAUCUCAAAAACUCCGAUUUAGUGAGAUAGGUAUUACUUAUCGAUAAAGCCUCCUUUUUAACUAGGUGCACGAAGUUGUUACCAAGGGAUGUAAAACAGCUGGCGGUAGCUAGAGUUAUUACAUUAUAGAUAGAUCAUAGAUUACCACUUUAUCAGAAUCAAAAAUCAUUUAUUCGAACCUGGCUGCAAAACAGCACUUUUUGAACAUCAAAAAAAUUACAAGAGAGAACCCCAAAACGUCCCCUCUACCUAUAUGUUUUUGCUGUCAAGAAUAAGUGGCGCAACAAACUCCCCAGCAACACAUGUCUGUCUGAUAUCUACCGGGUACGUGAAAAGCGUAGUUAAAUUAUAAUAGGACACAGGUGAAAUCGCGGGAUAAUUUAGUAUUAAAUAUACUUACAAAUAUUUUACAAGACAUUAUUUUAACAUUCCAUUAUGACUAAUUAUUAUUUCUAAUUUUAAGUACACAGGUCUGUAUUAUAUUAGGUUAUUUUAACUACUUAUGAUAUUAUGUAUGUAACAUUGAUAAAAAAUAUGAACAAAAAACGGGAAAGAAAGAAAAAAUAUUUUAUUUUUACCAAGCUAGCUUUUAACUAUAUUACUAGGUUUUUAGCUCAAUUAAUAUUCAACUC